GAUCUCUAACAAGGGUUUGAUGAAGACAUUAGCCCAUCAAUUAGUAGAACGCCUUUGGUUAAUGGUUGGAGUUCCUGGCAACAAGUUCUCAUCAAACAUGGUUAUGAAUUUAAUUUUAGAAGCUACAAAAGUUGGAAAUGUUGAAUAUCUAAUUAUACUUCUACGCUCUUAUCCUGACCUAAUAUGGCAAGUAAACGAAAAUAACAUGAGUUUAUUUCACAUUGCUAUUUUAUAUAGGCAAGAGAGUGUGUUCAAUCUAAUAUAUGAGCUAGGUAGUAACAAGAAUUACCUCGCAUCAUGUAAAACUUUCGAAACGAACGAGAACAUGCUACAUUUAGCUGGACAAUUGGCUCCUUUAGAUCGACUAAAUAUCGUAUCAGGAGCAGCUCUUCAAAUGCAACGUGAGUUGUUAUGGUUUAAGGAGAUAGAAAAGAUUGUGCCACUGUCAUAUGUGAACAUGAAGAAUUUUGCGGGUGAAACACCUAAGGAGAUAUUUAUAAAGAGACAUACAGGUUUGCAGAAAGAUGGCGAAAAGUGGAUGAAGGACACAUCAAACUAUUGCAUGCUCGUGGCGACAUUGAUUGCUACUGUGAUUUUUGCUGCAGCCUUUACUGUACCAGGUGGCAACAAUCAAGAAACAGGCACUCCUAUUUUAUUGAGAAGUAACUGGCUUAUGAUAUUCUUCAUAUCAGAUGCAAUAGCACUAUGUUCCUCUUCGACUUCAAUAGUAAUUUUUUUGUCAAUUCUCACGUCACGUUACACAGAAGAGGAUUUUUUCAAGUCAUUACCCUCAAAGUUGGUGUUUGGACUUGCCACACUCUUCAUCUCCAUGGCGGGCAUGAUGGUAGCCUUCAGUGCAACUUGUUUUUUGGUGUAUAGUAACGCAAGGGCAUGGGUUCCGGUUGUUGUAAUCACUUCGGUUACUAUUCCACUUACUUCCUUUGUUGUGCUACAUCAUACACUUUGGGUCGAUACAUUCCUCUCAACAUACAAGUCUAGAUUUCUUUUUCGGCCAAAUAAACGUAAACUUUUCUAGCAGAAGAUGUUGUUUGGGGAAUUAAUGAGCAUAAAAUAUGAAAUACAAGUCAAUCGAAAGGAAGGAAAAUUGUCGAAGGUUCAUGGGAUGUUGAACAAGGAAGGCCAAGGAAAGAAUUGAGCAAACGAAGACUUAAUUUGGAUUUGAUGGUUCGUCUUUAACUAUUUCCAUCAAGACUUACGAUCCUGGGGUUUAUACAUUUUCGCAUUGUCUUUUUCUUGAUUGUGAAUCCACAAUUGCUUUGAUUGAA